AUGUCCUCGAGACAGGUGGUCAAGCUCCCGUCCGUGGAGUCCGUGGUGCAGUGCGAGAUCGACGAGGAUGUGAUUAAGGUGUCUAAGCAGUACCUCCAGGGCAUGGCGGUGGGGUACUCCAGCCCAAAGCUGACCCUGCGCAUCGGUGAUGGCUUUGAGUUCAUGCAGCAGAACCAAGAAGCCUUUGAUGUGAUUAUCACAGACUCCUCCGACCCUGUGGGUCCUGCCGAGAGCUUGUUCAAAGAAUCCUACUACGAGCUGAUGAAGACAGCUCUGCGAAAGGAUGGCAUCCUCUGCUGCCAAGGCGAGUGCCAGUGGCUGCAUCUGGAUCUCAUUAAGGAGAUGCGUCAGUUCUGCAAGUCUCUGUUCCCUGUGGUGGAGUACGCCUAUUGCACAAUCCCUACCUACCCCAGCGGGCAGAUUGGCUUCAUGCUGUGCAGUAAGAAUCCAAACACAAACUUCCGGGAUCCUGUGCAGCAGCUCUCGCAGCAGCAAGUGGAAGAGAUGAACCUCAAGUACUACAACUCAGACAUCCACCGGGCUGCCUUCAUCCUGCCUGAGUUUGCACGGAAGGAGCUGAGCAACGUGUGAGGCUGGGAUGCUGCUUCCUCCCUCGAGCUGGACCCCAGGAUCUUCAGCGGUGCCGCACAAGGACUGUCCCAGCAGGCUACAGACUCUUCCCCGAGCCCUGGGAUUUCACCCUUCGCCAGCCAACAUUCCUUUUGACGACGCGUUCAAGAUGGCAGGGCAUGAGCCAGAUGAGACUCUCAGUGCUCCAGCAGCUUGUUGCUUGGGGUCAAAACUGUUCUUUCCAGUACUGGGAAUGUAAGAUGUCUCCUCCCUCUGUUCCUGCUCUCUUCCCUUCCCCCGCCCUGCCCCCAGCUCACACGGUGUAUUUAUAACUGACAUGUAUUUCUGUCUAGCAAUCUUCUGCCACUUGGGAACGGGCCAGAAGGUUCACUAACGGCCUUAAGCACAGGGAAAGGGGUUUGUGCAAGGAGGCAGCCUGCUCUCUUUUCAGAGAGCUCUGCUUCUGGGAUAUUGUUACUGGUAGCAGGCCCAAACUGUUGCUACACUUCCUUCUCCUGGGACUUCUGGUGCCCACUCCGUGGUUUACUUGGCAGAGUUGCGCCUCGUCCAGUCUGUUGCCACUCACAAUAGGUAUCCCUCCAAUCCCAGUGGAGUAGCAGUAUUAAAUACCAGCCCACUGGCUGGUAGCGAAGUUUAGUGAUUUUUUUGUUUUUUGUUUUUUUAAUUGGUCAACAAUGAAGUGCCGAGGUACUAACAAGGGAGAUGCCUGCUCUUACCCCUGCCAUCGGACCAAUUCCAAAGAAUGUUCCUCCAUCUGGCAAAAGGCGCUUUGAUAUAAUAUAUAAAUUAUACACCUUAGAUCCAUUGCCUCGUGCACAGCAGCCAUGAUUGAAGACAGGAGCCAGCCUCUCGCAACGGCCGCUGUCUCUUAGCCAUGGUUGGAAGACUUGGGCCCGGGGAGUUGUUGGUCUUUGGGGAGAUGUAUUGGGACAAGGGAGUUCUUACCCAAGCUCCUCGGCUGCAUGGUGUGUCCUUUGGGGUCAUAUGGGCUCGGUUCCACCUCCUGGCUCCCCGUUCUGAGCUCUGUGCCACCGCUGCACAGUCGGGAUCCUCCCCCAGUACUGUCACUAUGUGGUUGUUGCUCCCUUGCAGUCAAUUAAACGGUUGGCUCUGGUUGAUAAGGUGA